GAGUCUUCCAAUUCAAUCAUCAAUAUCAAUAGAGUAUUUUGAUGGAGAGAUCACGAACAAUGUGGUAGAUCAAUUGCGUCUACAAUAUUCUACUAUGCAAAAGGGCCAAGGAUACCUAGGCUUCAAGAAUGGGUCCCUAUAUACCUACUAAUAAGUCCUCUCACCUCCAAACCCUCAUGAAUUCUUGCCAGGCUUUGGCAGUCGAGGCGGACUCGUACGCCGCAUCAAACCAAACGGCACUAAUCUUAUUGUAGAUUAGCCGCUUUCCAUCAUUUCUCCUUCCCUUGGGAACUUUUUUUUUUCUGCCGAUAAGCUGUAAUUUUUGAAUUUUUGCGAACAAUCCCCAAACCAAUACACCUUCAAUUACAUUCAUUGAGUAUGAGGCCCAAGCAGAACAAACGCAGCAUGGCGGAUAAUGCCAAUAUGCAGGCAUUGGGAAAGAGAAGAACACCUGCUGGUCAACCACAACCAGAUUGGCUUUUCCCUGCUGGCUCUGGUGCUGAUGCCAAUCAAGCCUCAGCUAACAAAUCUGGCAACGAUGGACGUUCGAAAAACAAACAGGACAAAAAGAUUGCACAAGAUCUUCUCAACCGUCGAGAUGCAGGCGAACCCCCAAAGUCUGGAAUUCCUUCUCAUUUACUCGAUCUUGUCGGCAAAUUCCUCGAACAGCACGAACUUAUGCAAACUAGUCGCACCUUGAAGACUGAACGUCGCAACCGAGAGGACGCAACUGCAGGUGGUACCAGCCCUACCACCUCUCUUGAAAAUAUCUACAAUGAAUGGCAGGCGUCCAAAGAGGAGAUUGCGGCACUCAAAGCUGCGGCCAUUAAAAAGAACGAAACCUCAAAGCCAAAGGCAGCCAAGGCUUCGUCUGAGGACACCUCGAGCAGCAGUAGCAGCAGCAGUGAGAGUAGUGAUUCGAGCAGCGAGGAAGAAAGUGAAGAGGAAAGUGAUGUCGAGAUGGCAGACGCUCCACCAGCCAAGAAAAAUACUUCCAGAAGAUCUUCCUCAUCUUCCUCCUCCUCUUCUUCAUCCUCGUCGUCCUCGUCGUCCUCUUCGAGCAGUUCCGAUAGCGACGCUGAUGAUGAAGAUGAUGCGCCAUCAGUAGUCAAAUCUCCCUCACCAAAACCAAAAGUCAACACUUUAAAACGAAAAGCUACUUCAGAUAGCGAUUCAUCGUCAUCCGAUUCGGAUUCAAGUUCAGCAGAAGACGCCCCGAAAUCCAAGAAGGCCAAGACAGCUGCUACCGACAAAGAGUCUUCGGCGUCUUCAUCGGAAUCUAGCUCUGAAGACGAUUCUAGCUCUUCUGAUUCGUCCGACUCCGAUUCUGACUCUGACUCCGACUCCGAUUCCGAUUCUUCUACACAAUCAAUUGCGAAGAAAACGCCACUGCCUGAUUCUGAUUCUGAUUCAUCUUCCGACUCUAGUUCCGACUCUGAUUCCGAGAGCGAUUCUGGAAAAGUUACAGAGAAAGAGCCAGAAGCUAGCUCAGACACCAGCGAGACUCUUUCCGAAGGUAAGGGGCCAUCUAAUGACAAAGUAUUAGAUCCCCCAUUACCACCAAUGCCUGCCGCGAAGCUUCCUAGAAAACAAAACGUACCAUUUUCUCGCAUUCCAAAAGACACCAAAGUCGACCCGAGAUUGUCCAGUAACGCAUUCGUACCAUAUGAUUAUGCGCAAAAGGCUCAUGAGGAUUUGAUCGUUACGAAAGGCAAGGGUUUCACCAAGGAGAAGAACAAGAAGAAGCGUGGAAGUUACAGAGGCGGUUUCAUUGACGUCGAGGGAAAAAAGGGUAUUAAAUUCGACGAUUAGAAACCUACCUUUUGGAUUGGUAGCUUGAUAAUGAAUGGAUGCCAAUGUUUUAGCAUGAGAAAGAUUUUAGACCUUUCAGGCGAUCAAAUUGGCUGGGUAGCAAAGGAGCGUUUGGCGCAAAUUCAUAUAAUAGAGUAGUUUCGCUACAUCCAUAAUACAAAAGUUGUCCUCUGUACA